AUGAUUCCCUCUUCCGACUACAGCAACAAUGUCCCUGCCACUGCUGAAAUUACCACUACCUCCUCUAGUAGUGGCAACAGUAGAGUGACCAAAAUCAAUGUCAUCAGUGACUCAUCUGCCACCCCUAUCACCAUCAAUUUCUGCAAUAGCAACAAUAGAAGCAAAAACAUUGUUGGUGUCAAUAGAGACACCACCGUCACUACCACCACAUUCAUCAGUGCAGUUGCUGACAAAUCCAACAGCAAAGACAACAACCACUGCAUUGGCGACAAGGACACCGGAUUUGACCAUUCCAAUUACAGAUUGGUAAAGAGAAGCAACAGCAAUGUAAAAGAAGUCAAAAUUGGUGGUUCUGUAGCUCCAAGAUUUGGCAUCUCCCCAAAGAGUGUUCUUCAAGGUUUUUUUGAUAAAUGUGAAAUGUGGUUUGUUCCUCUCUACCAUUCCUUGCAGUCACAGGUUGCAGUAGCUCAGUCUUUGAAUACAGUACUUCUGCAGAUACUGAUUUACAGAGAUGUAGAAGAACCGAUGGUAAGAAAUGGCGAUGUAGUAGGUGUGUUGUUCCUGAUCAGAAGUAUUGUCAGCGGCACAUGCACAGGGGGGGUAAGAAAGCUAUAUAUAGCCUCGGACUCGGCAAUUAUUUUCGGGGCCGCUCCUCCCACAGAUUGGAGUUCUGCUGCUCCUAUUGCUAAACCUAAAAAGCUUGAUAAUCGCAUAAACUUGAACAUCAAUCUCUCUGUCUCAAUCACUCCAAGUCUUCAACAAAAAAGAGAUAGUGAAAAUAGUUCUACCAGAAGCAGCAGCAGCAGCAGUGACGCCACCACCAUCAUCGACAAAUAUACCAGCAUCUGUAAUAUGAUCUCUCUAUCACCAUAA